AUGGAUUUAGCUGAUGAUGGGGGAAAUGAAUCAGGUGAUGAAGGAAUGGCGGCGCCGUCGAGCUCACGAAAGGGGAAGAAGACGUAUCAUCGACACUCGACUCAACAAAUUCAGCAGCUCGAAGCUGCUUACAAAGAAUGUCCGCACCCGGACAAGAACCAAAGGGAGCAGUUAAGUCAAGAAUUAGGGCUAGAUCAAAAGCAGAUAAAGUUUUGGUUCCAAAAUAAGCGUACUCAAGUAAAGGCUCAAAAUGAGAAAGCAAACAACAGUACCCUUCGAUCAGAGAAUGAAAGAAUUCAUUAUGAGAAUCUUGCGAUGCAAGAAGCUUUGAAGAAUAUCAUUUGCCCAAAUUGUAAUAGUUUAGGUCUUGGGGAAGAGGAGACACAUCGAAAUUUACAAAGAUUGAGGAUGGAAAACGCGCGAUUAAAAGAGGAGCACGAGCGCACGAUGAACUUCUUCUCAAACUACAUGGGGAAUUCAUCGUCGGGCGCUCUUCCUCGGGUGGAAGUGACUAACCCUCUCGAACCCGAGCAAGUUCAACCUUUCAAUCCGGAAAACCCUAUCUCAACGGAUUGGUCGUAUGGAACGCACGAAAGGGACAAGCCAAGAAUAGUCGAGAAAGCAAUAUCCGCCAUGGAAGAAUUUCUUGAGCUCCUACGAGUAAAUGAGCCCGUGUGGAUCAAGGCCCCAACCGAGGACCGCCUUUUGCUUCACCGAGACAGUUAUGACAAGCUUUUCCCGAAGCCAAGCCAAAUCAAAACCACGAGCGCGAGGUAUGAGUCAUCGAGGGAAUCGGGUGAGGUGGCAAUGGCAGCAAUCCAUCUCGUCGAAAUGAUGCUUGACGCGAACAAAUGGAAGGAUAUGUUCCCGAACAUCGUGAAUAGGGCGAGGACUAUCGAAGUAGUCGAUGCUGGGAGCUUCGGAGGGUUAUUACAUCUGAUGUACCAAAAACUGCACAUUCUGUCUCCCCUUGUGGCUCCAAGGGAAUUAUUUGUGAUUAGGUAUUGCAGACAGCUGAAUCCAAACACCUGGAUGGUUGUUGAUGUCUCCCAUGAAUUCAUAAAGGAGUUUCUGGACACUCCUCCGACAAGAUCAUGGAAGCUUCCAUCAGGGUGUCUCAUUGAGGAUUUGGCCAAUGGGAAGUCGAAGAUAACAUGGAUCGAGCAUGUUCAAGUGGAUGACAAAGCAUUGACGCAUAGGUUGUUUAGAGAGUUGGUUUGUGGAUGCCAAGCUUAUGGCGCAAAGCGAUGGAUUGCUACGCUUCAAAGGAUGUGCGAGAGGUUUGCAUUCUCUAUGGGGCUUACGAUUACGAAUAGAAAUGAACUUGAAGGAGUGAUCGAUUCGAUUGAGGGGAGGAGAAAUUUAAUGAGGCUUUCUCAUAGAAUGAUCAAGGAUUUUAGCGAAGCAUUGAGUAUGUCGGAAAAGCUCGAGUUCCCCCACUUGUCCGAGUUCAAGAAUAGUGGGGUUCGCGUGUCGUUGAGAAGGAGUGUAGGAAUAGGCACACCCGAGGGCUUCAUUGUGAGCGCGUCUACCUCGAUUUGGCUCCCGGUUUCGAGUGUGGAUCUUUUCAAAUUCUUCAAAGAUGAGAAGAAAAGGAGUGAGUGGGACGUCUUGGCCAGUGGAAACCCUAUAAACGCAGUUGCGCGCAUCUCGACCGGGACAGAUCCCGGGAACUGUAUCUCGAUCAUCCAGCCCUUUAUACCAAAAGAGAGCAACAUGUUGAUGCUGGAAGAAACCAGCGUCGACAGCCUCGGUGGGGCAUUAAUCUACGCCCCGAUGGAUCUGGCGGCCAUUGUCGCCGUAAUCAACGGCGAAGACACGGAGAGAACCCCUAUCCUUCCAUCAGGAUAUGUGAUCUCCGGCGAUGGUCGCCCCGACAGAUCAGCCCCCGGAGCUGCUUCAUCGAGCAAGUCGACUCCUGGUUCCAGCUCGCUCUUGACUGCUACUUUUCAGAUAUUGGUUUGCCAUAACCAAUUGUCGAAGGAGUUGAAUAUGGAGUCUGUGGCAACUAUUCAUGCUCUGAUAAGCUCAACAAUUCAGAAGAUCAAAACUGCUCUGGACUGUGCUGAUUAG